AUGAAGGAGACGAUGGCGAGCGCGGAGUUCAAUUGCUUCGCCCGCCUGUACCAGGACGCGCUGAGGCGGAUGCAGAAGGUGAACUCGCUGGAGCAGAGGCACACGCUCACCAGGGCGCCCGCCCUGCUUCCGAGCCCGAGCGAGCAGAUGCUGCAGAAGUUUGCGCCGGCGAGCCCGAGCGAGCAGAUGUUCGUGCGCGGCGGGAGCCUCCUGUACACCGACGCGUCCGCGGCGCCCUUCGUCGUCCUGGACUCGCCCGGCGAGGUCCGCGCCUCCUCGUCCCACAAGCAGCUGCAGAGCCUCCGCGGCCGCUCCAAG